UUGGUAUAGAUUGAAUUUAAAAUUAUUAUUAUUAUUUUUUUUAAUAUUAAACCCAUCCCCCCUAGUUGUUUUUGCCCAUGCUGGCUUAAUUGGUUAAGUGUUUGACAUAUGGUGCACAUGUGUGGAGAACUCCCAGUCCAGACAGGCAGGUUCGACUGUUUUGGGCUGGCUCUCGUUGCCAUGGCAACGGGGCGAGUGAAGCGGGGAAGACCCCGGGAAAGGGGUCUUCCCCCCCCUUUCUCCCCUUCACCUUCCACUGGGUAAGCUCCGGCUUCAGUCUGGGCUGUGGUCCAUUUGACGCACGGCGGAGAUGGUGCUGAUGAAGCGGGGCGGAUGUGGCCGUGGAUCCGUACGGGUAGGGCGGUACCGCAAGCAGAAACUUGUGUCCAGAUUGAGCGACUCUGGUUUUGUGGAGGACUUUGCAGUUUCUCCUCCUCCUCCCUCGCCUCUGCGUGUGGACGAACCGGAGGGUGACCCGGCAGGACAAGCUUCUACCUGGUACCUCCAGUACGGUGACGUCGGCUACAGGAUCCAGAGGGAGAGGGAGGCGCUGUUUUACCCGUGCCAAAGCCUCGCUCUCCAGCCACAAGUGACGGCCGAGGCACGCUGCAAGCUGGUCAGCUGGCUCAUCCCUGUUCACACGCACUUCCGCCUGUCCUUUGAGUGCUGCUGCCUGACUGUGAACAUCAUGGACAGGUUCCUGGCGUGCACGCCGGUGGCUGCCGACUGCUUCCAGCUUCUAGGUGUCACGUCGUUGCUGCUCGCCAGCAAAAAGGUGGAGGUGUGCUCCCCCAGCAUCAGCAACCUCCUGUCCUUGUGCUGCGACACCUUCACCAAGGAGCAGCUCUGCAACCUGGAGUGUCUCAUCCUGCUGCGCCUCCACUUCCGCCUGGGCGCGCCCACCCUGGCCUUUUUCUUGGAUUACCACGCCGACCGCACGGGAGCCGCCAGCGGGUCCCAGAGGCGUCGCAGCAGCCUGGCCCGAAAGGUGUGCGAGCUGAGCCUGGCCGACUACGCCUUCAACAAGUACGCCCCGUCUCUGACCGCCAGCUGCGCGCUCAGUCUCGCAGGCGAGUUGCUCCAGGCCGAACACGUGUGCGGCCGGUCGGAGGAUGAAUCAAAGGCUAACAUGAUGGAGGAUCAGAGUGGGAGCAAUCACGGCAGUUUGGCUCGGGAGUGCCGAGACAACCUGAAGCUGCUGGCUGCUCUCAACCAGGCGUCACUGGAGGUGCUCUCCAACAUGUGAACUCAAGUUGAACAUAUGCAGCAAAUUUUGACCAUACUUUCAAUACAUUAUCCUCCCAUGUACCCUACUCACAAAAAUGUGAUAAGGAUUUUUGUCUGAAAUUUCUGGAUGAACCUAAAAUGCACUACAAUCUUUACGGGUGAACUUAAUCUGACUUUUUAAAAUCUUUUUAAUGCAAGUCCAAAAGUUCAAUGUUUCAGUACUUUUUGCACAACUUGCUGUUCUACAACAAGGAGCUGAAUGGCAAAAUGAACAACAGGUGUUUGAUCCAUAAACCGACCAAUACAUUUCCAAGAAUGUCCACUUCCAUGCCUUUCUGUGACUCUUCCAGUCUCUCUGUGUCUCUGUUGCAGCCUACAGAUAGAUGACACUCUAAGCUCAGUGGCCACUUCCCUCUGAGAACAUCCUGUUUGGGGCCUCGCAUUGGCGGUGUAAUGUUUAGUCAUUGUUAGGUGUCGUCUGGGUCUCAUGAUGUCAAAGUGUGAACAGCAUGAUGAAGAGGACUGUAGAAAAAUAGUCAUUCUAAUUGAACCAGGAAACGUAUUGCUCCAUUCAUAGAUCAAACACCUGUUGUGGAUUUGGCCAUUCAGCUCCUUGUUAUGGAACAGCAGGUUGUGCAAAAAGUACUGAAACAUUGAACAGUGAUUCCCAAACACUGUUCUGCGACACAUUCGUGUGCCUUGAGAGAUCAUCAGGUGGGCUGCGGAAAUGAUCCCAUUUCACUGCCACAAAUAAUCUACUUAUCUAUUUAUCCCAGCGACAUAUAGUGACAGGCAGAACAAUUAAAUGCUCUUCCAGUAGAUGGCAGAAGGUACAAUUACCUGUUUAGCAACCUGUUGCCAUUCAUACAACGGAAUAAUAACUUCGUGCUCAACUAAACAGGCUCGGAUUUCACACUGAGUAAAUUGAGAUGAGAUCAUCAUUAUUUCCGUAUUCAUACUUUUUGUGACAUUUGUGUUUGUUGGUGUGCCGUGAGAUUGGUUUCAUGUAAAAUAUGUGCCUUGGCUCAAUAAAGGUUGGGGAACACUG